AUGUCGACAUUGGUGAAUGCUCUUGGAUUCUUUGGAUCGUCGGCGACGGCGGCGGACGCGGUCAAAGACGUCCGAACCAAGGAUGAGAUAUUGCUCAAACGCAAAAAUACCAUUGGAUCAAAAUGCCAAAUGUUCUACACCGAUGAUCCGUUUAUGGUGUCUCGCGCUUCAAUGCAGUACAUUUAUGAUGAGAAUGGCAAACAAUUUCUCGAUUGCAUCAGCAAUGUUCAGCAUGUCGGCCACUGUCAUCCGAAGGUCGUCGACGCGAUCUCGAAGCAGCUCGCCACAUCGACAUGCAACGUUCGAUUCGUCUCGACGGCGCUCACCGAUUGCGCCGAGCAGAUUCUCGCCACACUGCCCGGCCUCGACACCGUUCUCUUCUGCAAUUCGGGAUCUGAAGCCAACGAUCUCGCCCUUCGAUUAGCGCGCGAUUACACGAAACACACCGAUGCUGUCGUCAUUGAACACGCCUAUCACGGACAUGUCACCACCACAAUGGAAAUGUCGCCCUACAAAUUCGAUCAUGGAUCAACUGUCGCGCAGCCCGAAUGGGUUCACGUGGCGCCGUGCCCCGACGUUUAUCGCGGUAAACAUCGCUUAUCGGACGAUGAGCUGAAUGACGAGUCGAAAUUGAUAAAAACCGGCAAAAUGUACUCGGAUGAUGUGCUCGCGAUCAUUGAAAACGCUGAGAAGAAGGGACGCACGAUUGCCGCCUAUUUCGCCGAGGCUCUUCAAUCGUGCGGUGGACAGGUCAUUCCGCCGAACGAGUAUUUCAAAGAUGUCGCCAGGCACGUUCGCGAUCACGGUGGAUUGAUGGUGAUUGAUGAGGUCCAGACAGGAUUCGGAAGAAUCGGAUCAAAGUAUUGGGCUCAUCAGCUCUACAACGAUGGAUUCCAGCCGGAUAUUGUGACGAUGGGCAAGCCGAUGGGCAACGGCUUCCCGGUGUCGGCAGUUGCGACGCGAAAAGAGAUCGCCGACACCCUUGGAGGUUCUGUGGGGUAUUUCAAUACGUAUGGCGGCAAUCCGGUUGCUUGCGCCGCCGUCAUUUCCGUGAUGAAAGUGAUACGCGAGGAGCGAUUGUUGAGCCACAGCGAGAAAAUGGGAAAGAUUCUCGAGAAGGAUCUGAACGAGCUGAAAAAGAAGCACGAAUGCAUUGGCGACGUUCGAGGCGUCGGAAUGUUCUGGGGAAUCGAUUUGGUGAAGAGUCGAGAAACCCGAGAGCCCGAUCAGAAGCUCGCGCUUGCCGUCAUUCUCGCCCUUCGAAGGCACCACGGCAUCUUGUUAAAUGCCGAUGGUCCGCACACGAAUAUUCUCAAAAUCAAACCUCCACUUUGUUUCGACUCGUCGAACAUUGGAGAAACGAUAUCUGCCCUCGAUGAGGUGCUCACACAAAUGAGCCGAUAG